AUGGAGGCCGUAAAGACCGUCCCGGGCGGAGGAACAGGCUCCAGCCUAGCUCGAGCGAUCAUUAUUGUUGCUGGUGUAUCGGCUCUGGUAGCGUCGCUACUAGCUAUUAUAUCCAUUUGGUUCCAAACUAAAAACUACCGAAAGCCGCUGCUGCAGAGAUAUGUUGUGCGCAUUCUCCUCUUGGUCCCAAUAUUUGCAGCGGCAUCAUGGACGAGCAUCGUCUCGCUCACCGCAGCUCAAUUCCUUGACCCUAUUCGUGAUAUCUAUGAGGCAUUCACGAUAUAUACCUUUUUUCAGCUGCUGAUCAACUUCCUUGGGGGUGAGCGAGCACUCAUUAUUAUGGCUCAUGGCCGACCACCAGUAUCGCAUGCCUGGCCACUCAACCACUUCCUCCCGAAAGUCGAUAUCUCUGACCCGCAUACCUUCCUGGCUGUCAAGCGCGGCAUUCUCCAAUAUGCCUGGUUGAAGCCUGUUCUCGCUUUAGCUUCCAUUGUGAUGAAAGCAACGGAUACAUACCAUGAGGGGUUCCUGGAUAUCAAGUCGGGCUAUUUGUGGACCGGCAUCAUAUAUAACGUCAGCGUCACCCUCAGUUUAUAUUCUCUUGCGUUAUUCUGGGUGUGUAUGCACGACGACCUUUUACCAUUUCGCCCUAUCCCUAAAUUCCUCUGUGUCAAACUGAUUAUCUUUGCUUCGUACUGGCAAGGAUUCUUCUUGUCCAUUUUGCAGUGGCUAGGGGCUCUUGGAAAUGGCGUGGCGGGGUAUACCCCAGAUAAUCUUGCGGCUGCGAUCCAAGACAGUUUGCUCUGUUUUGAAAUGCCCUUUUUUGCACUUGCACAUUGGUAUGCCUUCUCGUGGCACGAUUAUGCAGACCCCACUGUCUCAGCCGCACGGAUGCCCGUGAAGUAUGCCUUGCGAGACGCAUUUGGACCCCUGGAUCUCAUCGAGGACACGAAGAUCACCCUCCGUGGAGAGAAUUAUGGCUACCGAAUCUUCGACUCGGGCGAUAAUAUAAUUGCUCAUGAGGAGUCUGAAUCACGGGUCAAGCGAGUGAUGGAAGGCAUGCGGUAUGAACGGGGAGGCAAGGCCAAAUACUGGAUUCCAAAACCAGGUGAGGCCAGCAGACCUGGAGAGUCUGAUAGUCGCACGCCACUUCUGGCUGGCGGCGACUCCAGUUCGCGUGUUCGCAGCGAGCGCGGUAGUCGUAGUUCCGCGGGCCGAUACCAAUCCUACAGCGAGAUUGAAGUUACCUUAGACGACGAUGAUGAACAUCUAUUCACCAAUGCACGGGCACUAGAGUUUGGUGAUUGGAAUUACCCGGUCAUCACCGCCAACGAAAUUCCCCGAGACCAACGGCUACCUAUAACCAGGGGCUACCAAGAGUCUCAAUCUUCUCACAUGGGAGGCCAUGUCAAAAAGUCCCGCUCUCACCGCAAAGGCCGAGCGUCGGGCAGCGAAGGCGGGCGAGAUCCCAAUGCCUCACGCAAGUCAAGCAAAAGCUCCAGUGGACCAAGUCCCUUGCAGCGCAACGCCAGCUCCACGAGCUCCCACCAGUCACAGCGGAGCCAGCUUGUUGACCUCGUGGUGGAGAAUGAAGAAGCAGAGGAAGAAGAACGAGCUCAGUUACAGCGCGAAACGGGAUCUGCAUGGACGGGAGCCGAUGCUCGACGCUUCUCAAGACCAUCCGGACAGCCAAUCGAAGAAGAGGCUGAGCCCGAAGCCCCGGCCCAAAACACCCCAACCCAACGAACCCAAGAUGAACCAGCCACUACGCGAUGGGCCUACGCUGCUUUGGAUGAUGAUAAUGUGUGGGGCAAAUAA